AUGACUUCUAACCAGCGCCUCGAUCAAAUCCAAAAACAUUUGACCAAAAUGACUUCCUCAUCUAUCUUUCAAGAUAUUGAACUUGCACCUCCGGAUGCCAUUUUCAGUUUAACCGCGAGAUACAAGGAUGACCGCAGUCCACAGAAAGUGAACUUGGGUGUUGGAGCGUAUCGAGACGACUCCGGAAAACCAUGGGUCUUGCCAGUUGUGAGAAAGGCUGAAAAGAUAAUCUCGAGUGAUCCUACAUUAGAUCAUGAGUAUCUGCCUAUAUUAGGUCUUAAAUCGUUUAGGGACGCCUCGGCAAAAUUGAUUCUCGGUUCCAAUAAUCGGGUCAUCAAGGAAAAACGAGUCGUCACUGCCCAGACCAUAUCCGGUACAGGUGCCAAUCACCUUGGAGCUAUCUUCCUGUCAAAAUUUUAUCAACAGAAAGUUUUUCUCGUAUCGAAGCCAACCUGGGCAAACCAUAAACCAAUUUUCGAUACCGUUGGCUUUGAUGUUAGAGAGUACAUCUAUUACAAUCCAAAAACGCUCGGGCUAGAUAUUGAUGGCCUUUUAAACUCUCUCAAAAGUGCGCCGAAUGGGUCGAUUGUUUUGUUACACGCCUGUGCACACAAUCCGACAGGUGUGGACCCUAAUCAUGAACAAUGGAAGGCCAUCGCCGAUGUCAUGGAAGCAAAAGGACAUUUUCCCUUCUUUGACUGUGCCUAUCAGGGUUUUGCCAGCGGUGAUAUAGAUCGUGAUGCAUGGUCCAUACGUUAUUUUGUAGAUCGUGGCUUUGAACUACUUGUUUGCCAAUCCUACGCUAAGAAUUUUGGGCUGUAUGGCCAACGGGCAGGGUGCCUUACGAUUGUCCUAAGAAAUUCAGAGACCGCCACGAAGGUGGAAAGUCAGGUUGCCAAACUUCAACGUGCAGAGAUUUCUAAUCCUCCGUUGCAUGGUGCCCGCAUUGUCAAUCUGAUACUGAACGACCCCAUGCUCUAUGCUGAAUGGAUCGACAAUCUUCAAAUCAUGAGUUCACGCAUCAAGGAGAUGCGCAAACGUCUCUUCGAAAAACUCGUUGAACUCGGUACUCCCGGUAAUUGGAAUCACAUCGUUGAUCAGAUUGGGAUGUUUUCGUAUACAGGGCUUAAUGCAUCACAAGCUCAAGUUCUUCAAGAAAAAUAUCACGUGUAUUUAACGAGCAAUGGUCGUGUAUCAAUGGCAGGUCUAACAACUUCGAAUGUGGAAUAUUUUGCGAAGGCUAUUGAUGAUGUUGUGAGGACAGUCCCUUGA